CUUUUUCCUCAAUGACACAUUCACUUUCUUGGCUGAAUUUUACUUCAGAUACGUACACUGAUUGCACCUAAGAAAUGGCUUUAAGGAAAAAAGGUUUUUUGAGAUAUAUCUCUUUACUUUUUUUAAGCUGUUCAUUUAUUUAUCUUGUAAGAAACCCUAAAGGAAAAGGCUGCUUAAAAAGUGGGCAGUUGGACAUGAAACACCUGCAGUGGUACAAUAGUGGAGACCUGCAUGCUUGUUCAGCCAUUAUCCAAGGAGACAUGGAUGGAGUUGACAACAAAGACUUUGGCAAGUUCCUUACUGGAUGGAGAAAAACAUCUCUUUUUACUGAAUCCUACUACUUAAAUGCCACAACGGACUGUCAAGCUUUUGUCAGAGACAGAGGGUUUCUAACAAGUCCUUUGAGCAAGGAGGAAAAAGACUUUCCAAUCGCGUACUCCAUGGUUAUCCAUGAGAAGAUUGAGAUGUUUGAAAGGCUCCUGCGUGCUAUUUACUCUCCUCAGAAUGUCUACUGUGUUCAUGUGGACAAGAAGUCGCCUAAAAUAUUUUCUGAGACGGUAAGCGCUAUUGUGUCUUGUUUGCCCAAUGUGUUUGUGGCCACUAAGUUAGAGAGUGUCGUCUAUGCUUCCUGGUCUCGAGUUCAGGCAGACCUUAACUGUAUGGAGGACCUUCUCAAGUCUCCGGUCAGGUGGAGGUAUCUGCUCAACACGUGUGGUUCAGAUUUUCCCUUAAAAACCAACGCAGAGCUUGUUCAAUCUUUGAAAAAUCUCAAUGGCAAGAAUAGUAUGGAGUCAGAAGCCACAAGCGAGCAUAAAAAAAAUCGCUGGAGGUAUCAUCAUAACACCACAGACACUGUGACUCGGACAGACAUUAAGAAGACUCCCCCCCCCAUCGAUACCCCUAUGUUCUCUGGGAACGCGUACUUUGUUGUUAGUAGAGAGUUUGUAGAACAUAUCUUUAAGAAUCCUGAGAUCCAGAACUUCAUAGAAUGGGAGAAGGACACAUACAGCCCAGAUGAGCACAUGUGGGCAACACUACAGAGGAUGCCUUCAGUACCUGGUUCCAACCCACCCAAUGGAAAAUAUGAUGAGUCAGACAUGUUGGCCAUCGCGAGGUUGGUUAAGUGGAGUUAUCAUGAAGGAAACCUGAAGAAUGGAGCACCGUAUCCACCAUGCACUGGGGCAUAUAGGCAUGCAGUGUGUGUUUAUGGAGCAGGAGAUCUGAACUGGAUUUUAAAGCAGAGACAUCUCAUGGCUAACAAAUUUGACCCUGAAGUGGAUGAUAUUGCUAUAAAAUGCUUGGAAGCUUUCUUAAGGUACAAAGCAAUUUCUGGUCAGUCUUUACUUAAAAUAGAUAAAAAGGAAAUCAUUAAAUAAUCCUACUACAUAUUUGCAGAAUAAAAGCAACUGUGUACUUUAUGACACAUCAGUAAUAUGUUUAUAAAAUAAUAAUGUGUCUAUUAUUAUGACAUUUUUAUUUAUACCAGAGUUUAUUUAGGAAAAGAUUCUAUUGCCCAACAUGAAUUAAACUUAAUACAACAAUAUCAGUAAUAAUUCAAGCAAGCUUUAUCACUAGAAAAGCAGAUAAAUCUGUCAGAUUAAACAGUCAAUAGGGUUUAAAUUGUUUGAUAUUUUUCUUAAGACUGUUUUUUUAAGUACAUACUCUUAAAUUAUUGAUGUAUUUUGAUAAUGUAUUCUAUGCGCAGCACCUUAGUCAACAAUUCAAUUUAUUUUCAAUGUAUUUUAUAAAUAUAAUGCGCAUACUUUUGCUAUCUGAAAUGUUCCUUUUUAGCCAAAGGCAUUAUCCAAGUUAUUAUGCUAAUUCUCUUUUUGUUAAAAGAGGUAAGAAAGUACACAUCUUUACUUAUUUUGACUUACUUCAUGCUAAGAUUGUCAGCUAACACUAAUAAAACAAUGUUCUACUUACUAUAUCAAGUAAAAUAAAUGAAUUUCUUGGCAACGGUACGUUACAAUUUGACUUGUUAUCAGUUGAUACUAGGUCUAAAUGAUAUAUUAUUCUUUGAUAAGUUUACACAAGGAUAUAACAGAGUCCUAGAAUUCGGCUCUGUAGUAAACAGCUCCACACUACCUCAUAGCCCCAAUGAUUAUUUGAAUUUUAUUUAGCUAUUAAUAGAUACAGAUAUUAUGUGCAAAGCUAUAGAGGAUUACAAAGGUAUUAAUAAUAAUUACAAUGGACUGUAAUCAGGAGUACACAGAUUUACAAUCUAAUAUUCAUCAGAAGUAUAGAGUUAUAUAGAGCUAUAGCAAGAGAUAAAUCUGGUAUUUUUACUCAGAAGAAUGUAUGAUGUAUGAUUCACUGAAAUAGUAUUCUGGUGUUAAUUCAAUGCUUUAUUAAAGGUUAUACCUUUUGUGGUUUCAAA